AUGCCUCCAAUUUGUAAUAGUAUUGAAAAUGAAAAUAAUUCAUUUGAAUUAACAACCACAAUUUCAUUUUUAAAAAAAAGUAAACUAUUUAAAAAAGAAAUAAAUGUAAAUGAAAUCGUAUCAAUAAAUAUUUCACAAAUUUUGGGAGAAUAUAAUAGUUUCUUAAUAAAUAAUACAAUUGAAGAUUUAGAAAGUGCAAUUGCUCAAAAUAUACAUAAUUAG